UUCUGUGAGUCAUCAUGCACAGCGGUAAUUCAAAAUAAAAACAUCGACUACGGUAUUUAAUUACAGCGGAUUACUUGUUAAAAUCAAGAUGGCGGUCAAUUCGAUUUCAUGGAAGAUGCCUUCAAGGUUUAGUUUCUAUUCUGCAAAAUCGAAACGGAAAAUCCGUGUUAAGCCGUAUUUAAUAGAAUUUAAAAGGUUACUAGAAUCAAGUAUUACUGCUGUCGAAGGGGUGUCAAAUCAAGAAUUACUUCAUGCUGUAGUAGCACUGUACGAUAACUGCCUUCCAGAGAUCACACCUGAAGUCUUGUAUCCAACUGUGUGUGGAAAAUGGGCGAAAACUUUACUCUUACUAAGAGAUUUCCAAGAUGUCUUACGUGAGAUGAAAGGUCUCAGCCCAGAAAACGACGAAUACCUGGAUGAGAAAGACGACAGUUUUAUCUCAGUUAUCCAGAGUGAGCCACUCAAGGAUGAACAAUCAACAGAACCUCAAUCGGCAACUUUACCAAUCAACGAAGAAGAAACUUCAAUUGAUCAUAAACGAACAAGAAAGCUAAACAAACAGGUGUCAUGGAGUGAUACACGAGAUGCAAAAAGUGAAAGUUCAGACUCUGGUGAUGAAAGCUCACAAGAAGAUGAAAACUCAGAGAAGUUAAAUAGUGUUUGUGAUAAGUGCUCCUUUGAGAUCAAGAGUUGUAAUUGUGAUAGUGGAGUGGCUCUGAAUGAUCAUUGUACAGUAAAGGAAAAAGACAGUAAAACAGAUCAGGUGGAGGGUGAAGUCAAAGAGAAAGAGAAGGAUGAUGAACCAGGAAAAUUUGAUGGAGUUUUCAGUGACACAGACGAUAGCGAAGCAUCUGGUGAAAGUGAAGAUGAAGAAGAGGAUUUCUCAAAAGGAGCUGAAGAUUUUGUUGAAGCAGUUAAAAAAAGGAGAACGCAGAGACAGAGUGAUAAUGUUUCAGAAUCUUCCCUGGGAAUUGAAUCUCUGAUCAUUGGGGCUGCGACAUUUGAACGCUCAUACAGUAUAACACGUCACAGGCCAUCAGAGAAGGUUAUACAGCUUAACUUAUUAGGAGUCAGGAGAAGGUGUCGGAAAUCUGGAGUUGGGAAGUUCCUUCUUGAAACUCUAAAAGAUCCAACUAUCAUUGGUUCCUAUGAUACAAUAGCCGCAUAUGCUGAUAAUGAUGCUGUGGAUUUCUUCAAGAGAAAUGGCUUCACUGAUGAUGUUGUUCUCUGCAGCAGAUUUAGUGAACUGACAGAUCACUGGAUCAAUAGUACUUUGAUGUGUUACCUCCCUCCAUUCACUGGCUCUGAUUUUUCUGGUGCAUUCAGGAGUGAUGAGGAUCUGAAAGCUAUGGAUGAUGAUUUAAGAAAAUGGAGAGAGAAAAGCCUUGAGGCAUACCAAGCUCAGGCUACUUGUAUGGUGAGAAUGCAGCAUGAAAUAAAGACUCUGAAAGCUGUGGUGGACACACAAGAAGAAGCCAUUAAGACCCUGACAAGCGCUAAAGAACGAAUUGAAAAGGAGAAAUAUAAAUUGGAAAAAGAACUACUUGCUUACAAGGUGAGGGUAAAAGAUGGUAUCUUAACAGAUGAAGACUCUGAUGGUGAUGAUGACUUAUAUGAAGCACUUGCUCAAAUGCUUAGCAAAAAACACGUCACUGACAUCGAGAUGGACUUGGACCUGGAUGCGAUUUCCCAUGGAGACUUUCGUGACGUGCCUCAAGAGGAUGAAGAGUUAGUUUCCUCGUUUAUCACAAGUCGCAGUGAGAAACACCUUGUACAUCAGAUCAAACGUAGCUUAAUGGCCACCAAACACUACACUGAUAUCACAGUUAACAGUGUGAGGAAGGUCGAGUCCUGCCACGUAGCUUUUAUGGAAACUGGUUUUGAUUCCAGAACUCAGCGACUUGGCGACCCUGUAAUCUGUACUCAGCUGUACUUCUGUGGAGGCGGCAAUGAUGAACAAAUCGAAAAAAUCAUGAAACGAGGAUUUAGCAAAGAAGACUUCACUCGUGGUCCGUAUGGCAAAGGUUUAUAUUUUUCCAUGCAAGCCAGUCAAGCGGCGGCAUUUUCAGCGCUGGGUAAGCUGCUGUUAUGCAAUGUUGGACUCGGUUUAACUGAAUCUGUAGUACAGCAGGAUCGUGGAAGAAAUCUUCCUCCUCCUGGUUAUGACUCCAUACUGACUGGCGGUCGCACUCCCUCGCCGGUCUCCCCAGGCCCUCCGCAGCAAGAAUACGUGGUGUUUGAUCCGUUACAGGCCAUUCCAGUUUAUCUUGUGGAGUAUUCAACUUCACGAUGAACAUAUAGAACAAGAGUUUUUAUCAACCACAGAGCUACCUUAAAAAUAGCGAUCUCGCCUCGAGACAAGAACACUUGAUACCCAUGUAGAACGCCAAAAGGAGGUUAUGCAGCACUGAGAAUAUAACAGACAGGAAAUCUAUGCAGCAUAGAAAUCAUUCAGCCCAAUUGAACCCAUCAACGCUAAUGGAAGGUUACAAGCGAGUUGAAACAAAAUGCUUCAGGAAUUACGUGUUAGAACUCUCAGUGCUGUGCCAAGGUGGUAUAUCUGUGUUACAGAGCUCUGCGACUGAAACAUGAGGACGUCACAAAGAUAUUCUUUGGGAAAGAAGAAUUGCGUGAGAAGACAAACGAUGAAGAUAGGGGUGACGUGGUGCUUGAAACAUGAGUUAGACCGCGAGUAGUCCCUCUUUCGCUUGGUCCGUCGUGCGUCACGCGAAAGAAAACUGCGAGAAAAAAUAGCCGCGCGUAAGUAAACAAAGAAUUUUGCUGGGUUCCAUGAUCAUUUUGGUUGGUCAACUAGUUCGUUGUGGAGAAGAUGGUGAGCGACAUAAGGUCUCCUCAUGACGUCAAGUUGACGAGACAACUUUCGGAAUGCCUCGAGUGCUCGUGCAACUCUCUGAUUUGGAUAAUAACAUUCGGAAAAUAAACGAGUCAUUGAAAUGUUUCUUUUUGUUGUGUUCUUGGCUUAAGUUUUCUUUUUUUAUACACUUGUAAUCAAGAAUCAAGCGCCAUGGACUCCGUGCUAUGUUGCCUUCUUUUUAGAGUUAAACUGUCUGCAAAUUUAUUUGUAGGGUAUUAAAUUAUAACAAAACACAAA